ACAAAUUUUAACAAUUUUUCUCGCCUCCUUUCUUCUACCACUCUUCCUUCUCGCUCCCAUCGCAAACAAAAACCCUAAUUUCCUCUUCCCAUCUUCCUUCUGAUUCCAUAAUUUCUUCUUUUUCAAGUUUUUCGUAUUCCAUCGCUCUUUCUCUUCCUUCUAUCGCGUUUUGGAAAACUGGUCGUUUCUCUUCGUGUGGGUGGAAAAGCCAUUGAUUGCUUUUUUGAUUGAGCGAUUGCAUCUACAAGACGCCUGUUUUAUUGCGCUUGAACGAAAAAUCUCCUUCCGGGUUAGGGUUUUGCUGUGUUCUCUCGCGUCAUCCUCCAUCCUCCGCCGUCUCGGGUUAGGGAUAAAUUUUCGUUGAUGCUGGUUUGAGCGGACUCUACCCGCUUUGUGAAACCCUAGAGCCUUUGGGUUUGAUUUUGAAAUAUUGGCACUGAUAAUUACGGAAUAGAGAGAUAUAUGCGUAGGUGUUAGGGUUUCUUGUCAGGUUUUUCAUCACUGGAAUUGUUGCUGCGGCAUUGAAAUAGGGUUUCUUAUAGGUGCGAAUUAGGUUGCGAAUGAUGAGGGUUUGCUAGGGUGCUGUUUUGAUUGUCUUCCUAGCUAUCUGUGUGAGAGAUGGAAGUCUAGAAGGUUUUUUUUUAAUCAAAUCGAUGCUUUCUCGAGACAACUCAAUUUGUAUUUGAGGAAGAUUGCAUUUGAGUUAAAGAAGCCGAGGGAUUUGGAUUCCUCUUAGAUGCUAGAGAAAGCUAGUAUAGGUUAGAACAUUGCUUCAUUUUGUGCGAAGGGGAGAGAAAGAAAAAAGCUUUCUCUAUUGUUAUUGGAGGUGAAAAAGGUUAGAGAAAGCGUGUUUCUUUCUUUCAUCUGAUGAGGUGCAGCUUUCAUAAUGGACAAAGGUGAACCUUCUUUAGUUCCGGAAUGGUUGAGAAGUUCAGGACAUGCUUCUGGUGGUGGGAGUUCAAACCACCUUCUUGUAUCAUCGUCUUCUCAUUCGGAUUCUGCAUCUUUACCACAUAAUAGUCGGAAUAGGAACUCUAGGAGCAAAAGUGAUGUUGAUUCAAUUCAUUCCCCUUUUUUGGAUCGAUCUUGUUCUACUAAUUCAAGGAGGGGCUCUAGUAAUGGGUCUGCAAAGCAUCCAUAUAGUAGUUUCAACUUCAAUAGGAGUCAGAGGGAUAAGGACCGUGGCAGGGACAAGGAUAGGGUAAGCUAUGUGGAUCCAUGGGACCUCGACACUUCUAUCCCUGUCAAAAAUAUCUUAACUGGUAGGGAUCAGGAUCAAUUGCGUCGAUCACAUUCAAUGGUUACAAGGAAACUGGGCGACAAUUUGUCUCGAGGAUUUUCAGUGGGCUUGAAAAAUGGUGGCAGUAGUAGUAGUUAUAACGGGAAUGAUAUACUUCAUGGACCUAGCAUCGGCAAUAGCUUUCAGAGAACUGGAUUUGAUAAGGAUUUUCCGUCGCUUGGAGCUGAAGAGAAGCACGGCGGGCAAGAUGUUGUACGAGUCUCAUCUCCUGGUCUAAGUUCAGCUGUUCAGAGUUUGCCAGUAGGUACCUCAUCUUUGAUUGGUGGGGAAGGUUGGACCUCAGCUUUGGCAGAGGUUCCUAAUGUCAUCGAGAAGGCGUGUGCUGGGUCAUUAACGUCACCGAAAGCUAAUGUUGUUAGCACGGGAACUUUAACUGGACCAACUGGUCUUAAUAUGGCUGAAGCAUUGGCGCAGGCUCCAGCAAGAACUCAUACACCUCCCCAAGGAUCUGUGAAGACACAAAGACUUGAGGACUUGGCGAUUAAGCAGUCAAGGCAGUUGAUACCUGUUGUACCUUCAGCACCAAAAUGCUCGAUUCUGAAUUCUUCUGAUAAAUCCAAGACAAAGCAAGUGCUUCGGGCUGGUGAAACUUGUCUUGCUCCUUCAAGAAACUCCCAACAGCAGCCCUCUAUCAUACUCGGGAAUUUGCUGUCUAAUCCUAGUGGUCAGAUCAAAUCAGAGAAGAAGCUGUUGGUUCUCAAACCCGCCAGGGAAAACGGUGUCGCUGCUGUUAAAGAAUCUGGAAGUCCUAUUGGUAUUCCAAACAGUAGAGUCGCUUCUAGUCAUCUAAUGAACAGUGCUCAAUCAAUACAAUCUGCACCUGUGAGAAGUACAAACAGCCCAAAGGAACCCAAGGGAGCUACUACUCUCACCAUGGCAUCUGGACAAACCAUCGAAAAGAAAUCUUCCGCAGCUCAAACUCAGAGCAGGAAUGCAUUUUACAGUGCUCUGAAGCAGAAAACUACAUCAACAAACAUCUCAACCAAUCCCGUUAACUCUACAAGCACUUGCAUCUCUUUUUCCGUUGGGGAAAAGGUCAACACCUCAAAGGAGCUUGUAGCUAGUGACUCUUCCAGUCCACAGGGUACAAGUUGUCUAGAAGUGAGUCAAAGGAAUACUACUGGCUUUGAGGCGGCAGACACUCCAGAUGAGAAAGAGGCCGAGUUCCUCAGAUCCCUCGGCUGGGAUGAAAACAAUGGCGAAGAUGAAGCUCUUACAGAGGAGGAGAUAAAAGCCUUUGUUGAACAGUACAAGAAGCUAAGGCCAUCACUUCCGCAGAAAUUGUCCAUCAUACAAGAGGCGAGAGAGGAUAUAGCUUAAGAAUCCUGAAACCAACCUUACAAACUGAAGAAAGUACCGGUUCUUUUUACCCCCAUGGAAGAUAGUUUCUAUUUUUUUUUCGAUUUCUUGUUUUUUUUGCUACUACUUUUGGCAAUGGAAAAGGAGAAAGGCAGGAGGGUUUUUUUGGUUUUGUUUGAUGGUUUGCAAAUAAGCUUAUUAUGAGGCUUGAGUUUUGCCAUAUGAGUGUCCUGCCUUCUUCAGACUUUGUAGAUCUUUGGUCUGGGAAAAUGGCUCAGCUCUCACACAUGUUUCUCUUGCCAUCUUUUUGAUCUCUAAUGCUUUAUAAGGAAGAGAGUUGUCACUUAAUGUGUGGUUUUGUUCCUUGUCCGAGUUGAAGAAUAUAUAAAUAAGCGGAACUUUUUCCC